AUGCACAACCGGAUCACAUUCGAGGACGCUGACUUGAAGCUUGAAUUGAGGUUUGGCGGCAUAUUUUACUUGGGACCGCAAUUGAUUUUCGACCAAGACGGGAAUGGGCGAUAUCGGCUUCUCGAGACAAAUGUGUUCACACGACGAGCAAGAGUGGAUAUUUGUGGAUUGGUAGUUGCAGGCGUCGCACGCCGGAGUAGCUUGCGAGGAGCGGACACGUACUCAAUUCAAGGUCCAGUUUUUUUGUGUCAGGAUGGGCGGACUAUUUUGUUUGAAGAGAGGUGGAACACUGUACGGCUUAGAGGUGCAGACGUGACGCCGGUUGCACUUGUGAACAAGGUGACGACCGAGGGGACUGGGAAGGUAUUAGAGUGGUUUGGGAGGCCUGGACUUCGAGGGACGUUGCGAGACGAAGUCUGCGUAGUUAGGCAUCGAAUGUGGAAUUCUCUGGUAAGUGUUGCAUGCGGUAGUGAGGCGGAGGCCAAAACUGACAGUGCUUCAAUAGGAGUCGAGCACAGUCGAGUUCACGGUGGUCUACAUUUUGGAGCCGGGUCUGACAUGUACUCUGCCGAUGGAUCUCCUGGACGUGAACAACAUCGUAUACUUCCGCGGGAACGUCGUGACGAGGGUCAGGCUAGUGGCGCGCAGGCAUGGGGUGAGGCGCAUGUGAUGUAUGUGAUGCGUAUAGUGUGGCAAUACGAGGAUGGCGUGGCUGGUCAUGCCCGAGUUGUUCAUAGUUUGUUUCUAGUUGUUCAAUAA